GGCGGCGCGGAGCGAGGGGCUCACGUACGGCCCAGCGCUGGGAUUUCUCGGCUCGCGAGGAGAGCGGAGCAGGCGCGCGGCCCGGGCGGGGGAGCGCGGACUCUGGAGCAGCCGGAGCUGGAGGAGGAGGAGGAGGAGAGGCGGCGGGGACGCAGGAGGCGGGGGAGAGCCGCUCCCGCCCGGCGAGCAUGGGGCGCCUGGCGCCGAGGCCGCUGCUGCUGGCGCUCCUGGGGCUGGCUCUGUGUCGAGGGCGUGUGGUGAGAGUCCCCUCGGGGAGCCUGGUGCGGGUGGUGGGCACCGAGCUGGUCAUCCCCUGCAACGUGAGCGACUAUGACGGCCCCAGCGAGCAGAACUUCGACUGGAGCUUCUCGUCUUCGGGCAGCAGCUUCGUGGAGCUGGCCAGCACCUGGGAGGCGGGCUUCCCGGCCCAGCCGUACCGGGAGCGCCUGCAGAGGGGUGAGAUCCUGCUGCGGCGGACCGCCAACGAUGGUGUGGAGCUCCACAUCAAGAAUGUCCAGCCCUCGGACCAGGGCCACUACAAGUGUUCCACCCCCAGCACCGACGCCACCGUCCAGGGCAACUAUGAGGAUAUAGUGCAGGUUAAAGUGUUGGCCGAUGCCCUGCAGGUGGGUGCAGUUGCGCCGCCCGAGCCGGGCCUGAGCCUGCGCCUGGGUGAGCCGUUCGAGCUGCGCUGCUCGGCCUCCACGGCGUCGCCGCUGCACACGCACCUGGCGCUGCUGUGGGAGCUGCAGCGGGGCACGGCCCGGCGGAGCGUGCUGGCCCUGACCCACGAGGGCCGCUUCCGCCCGGGGCCCGGCUACGAGCAGCGCUACCGCGUGGGAGACGUGCGCCUGGACACCGUGGGCGCCGACGGCUACCGCCUGUCCGUGGCCCGCGCCCUGGCCGCCGACCAGGGCUCCUACAGGUGCGUGGUCAGCGAGUGGAUCGGAGAGCAGGGCAGCUGGCAGGAGAUUCAGGAGAAAGCCGUGGACGUGGCCACCGUGCUGAUCCAGCCGACAGUUCUGCGAGUGGCUGUGGCCAGGAAUGUGUCUGUGGCUGAAGGAAAGGGGUUGGACCUGACCUGCAACAUCACAACCGACCGAGCAGACGACGUCCGACCCGAGGUGACAUGGUACUUCAGCAGGACGCCUGAUGGCGCUUGGCCUGGCGCCCCCGUGCUGGCACGGCUGGACCGGGAUUCCCUGGUGCACAGCUCUCCUCACGUGGCCCUGAGUCACGUGGAUGCACGCUCCUACCAUUUACUGGUUCGAGACGUUAGCAAGGAAAACUCCGGCUACUAUUUCUGCCACGUGGCGCUCUGGGCACCCGGACACAACAGGAGCUGGCACAAGGUGGCAGAGGCCAGGUCUGCCCCAGCCAGUGUGGAUGUGACCUGGCUAGAACCAGACUAUCAGGUGUACCUGAAUGCUUCUAAGGUCCCCGAGUUUUCAGACGACCUCACGGAGCUGGAGUGCCGCAUAGUGGACAUGAAGAGCUUGCAGGCCAGCGUCCGUUUCACGGUGUCCUGGUACUACAGGGUGAACCGGCGCAGCGAUGACCUGGUGGCCAGCGAGCUGCUUGCAGUCAUGAACGGGGACUGGACGCUGAAGUACGGAGACCGGAGCAAGCAGCGGGCCCAGGACGGAGACUUUAUUUUUUCUAAGGAGCGUACGGACACGUUCAGUUUCCGAAUCCAAAGGACCACAGAGGAAGACCGAGGCAGUUAUUACUGUGCUGUGUCCGCAUGGACCAAACAGCGUAACGACAGCUGGGUCAAGAGCAAGGACGUCUUCUCCAAACCCGUCAACAUAUUUUGGGCAUCGGAAGAUUCCGUGCUUGUGGUGAAGGCAAGGCAGCCAAAGCCUUUCUUUGCUGCAGGAAAUACAUUUGAGAUGACGUGCAAAGUGUCUUCCAAGAAUAUUAAGUCGCCGCGCUACUCUGUUCUCAUCACCGCUGAGAAGCCUGUUGGGGACCUCUCCAGCCCCAAUGAAACCAAGUACAUCAUCUCCCUGGACCAGGAUUCCGUGGUGAAGCUGGAGAACUGGACAGACGCAUCGCGGGUGGAUGGCGUUGUGCUAGAGAAGGUGCAGGAAGAUGAGUUUCGCUAUCGAAUGUACCAGACUCAGGUGUCGGACGCGGGGCUGUACCGCUGCGUGGUGACAGCCUGGUCUCCUGUCCGGGGCAGCCUGUGGCGAGAAGCAGCAACCAGUCUGUCCAACCCUAUUGAGAUCGACUUCCAGACUGCUGGUCCUAUAUUUAAUGCCUCCGUGCAUUCAGACACACCGUCGGUUAUCCGGGGAGAUCUGAUCAAGCUGUUUUGUAUCAUCGCUGUUGAAGGAGGAGCGCUGGAUCCAGACGACAUGGCCUUUGACGUGUCCUGGUUCGCGGUGCACUCCUUCGGUCUGGACAAGGCUCCCGUCCUCCUGUCUUCUCUGGAUCGGAAGGGGAUUGUGACCACGGCCGAGAGAGACCGGAAGAGCGAGCUCAGCCUGGAGCGUGUCGGCGUGCUGGAAUUCUUGCUGCGAGUCCAUGGCUCCGAGGACCAGGACUUUGGCAACUACUACUGCUCCGUUACCCCGUGGGUGAGGUCCCCAACAGGCUCCUGGCAGAAGGAGGCAGAGAUCUACUCCAAGCCCAUCUUUGUGACUGUGAAGAUGGAUGUGCUGAACGCCUUCAAGUACCCGCUGCUGAUCGGCGUGGGCCUGUCCACCGUCAUCGGGCUCCUGUCCUGCCUCAUCGGGUACUGUAGCUCCCACUGGUGCUGUAAGAAGGAGGUCCAGGAGACAAGGCGUGAGCGCCGCCGCCUCAUGUCCAUGGAAAUGGACUAGGCCACGCCGGGGGAGCCGCGACAGGGGCGGUCUAGGAGCGACGGGGCGGGAGGAGGACCGCGAUCUUUUUCAUGCGCAGUGUGUGACACUAGAAGCCAGUCCUCUCCGAUCUCAGGUGGGACCGGGCGCUCUCUCCCCCCCGCAUGUCAAGUUCUGAGCGCGGACACGUUUACCAGCCCACGACUCUUCUUCCCACGGCACUUUCUGGUAGAACAAUCGCGUGUGUGUGUUCCCGGCUGCGGCUUUUUAAUGGUUACCCUUUGUCUAAUUUUUUUCUCCUACCGGUUUAUAGAUCUCUGACCUGUGUGUGUUUGUAUGUUUGGUUUCGAGGGGUCGCGGUGAGGAAGGACGGUGGCUCUCAGAGUUCUUUGUCUUAGGUGAGGACAGAGCUGCCCGCCGGAGCCAGCUUCCGUGUCGGGCCCGUGUUAGGAGGGCCGCUAGACGAAGCCGUCCGCCCCGGCCCAGCGACAACACAGACCUGUGCCGCAGGCUCAUUCGUGGCUUUGACCACCCUACCCACCCCAUAUUUUCAGGGGUUUAGACAUUUGAAAUCUAAACUUGCAGUAUGUAACUUCUUACUGAGCCCAAAUGCUUUUUUUUUUUCUUUUCCUUUUCCUUUUUUUUUUUUUUUUUUUUUUUUUUGCUUCUCUGCCCCCUUUCCAUUUCUUUCGUAUUUGCUUUAUGUGAGCGUGCUGAAAUGGCCCUGGAAUCUAGAAUUUGGCUCCCCACCAAGCACCUUAUCUUGCCACCUUAGCCUUAAGAAUGAAUAUGAAGAAAAAUACACAGCCACCUCUUGUCCGGGGCAGUAAGAAGGUCCUCAAGGAAGACGAGGUUGGGGACAAGGGAAGGAGCAGGCCCUCACUCCGAUGGUUCUGAGGCCGCCGUGCCUCAGGGGGCCCCAGGGAGCGCAGAAGAGGGUCCUGGGGGGUCAGCUGUCCUCGGCUCGGGCCAGGAGUGUCGGGGGUGCCGGGGCUGUGUCUGGAGGAGGACGCCACCUCAGUCCCCCUCUCCUGCCCUUCGUGGGAGGCGAAGGCCUCGGCCACCGAGGGACACCCACACGUGUACCCCACGUCCUUCGUGGCUGCUUGGCCUCCUUAAUGUGAAGGUGUAUUGCUGCUUGCAAGACUGACCGACUUCACAGAAUCAGAAAUUGCCUGGAAGAACCGUGCAUUUUCCAUGACCUUUUCAGCCCUUCAAGUCGUCGUAAGACCCCCCGCCGGGGGUCAGCGAGCAAGGGUACGCUUUGUGGCAUGUUUGCUUUCCUGUUAGGAACACGAAGGAAACCAGCAAUUUACUGCCGUGUGAACAGCCUACAAAGUAGAUCUGAGAGCAAUCCGUUUUGCCCGACUGCUCGUACCCGGAGUAGGACGCGGACCAAAAGAGCUCCUCUGCUCCCCGAGGCAUCUGCCCCUGCAUAGCACUGGCCUUUCGGAAGCAUCCCAGUGGGCUUUCUGAGGCUCACUGGUGAGUCAUGCCCCGCAUUGCAAUCCUCUGCGCUUUCAUCCUGGCUCUGACGGAUCUCACGCUGCUCUGUCUUCCGAAGGGAAAAAAGAUUCGUUUGUUUUGAGCAAUAAAGUCCUACAAAAUGA